CUUUGUGACAAUUCCGACAUUGUGUCCCACAUUUUGUCUCUAAGGCAACAUCUUUCAACGACGUACGUCGAUUAAGUCUCUAAGGUGUUUUCAUACAAAAUGCCAUUUUACGUGAGUUAAUAAUUACGAUUGAGGCUCGUGAAUUAUAACGAAUGAUAACGCAGUCGAACUCUUUUACACAGGAAGCACUUCCUGAGAGGUAAAAUCAGGGUGAAAUGUGAAUUGGGGCACCUUGAUUUAUAUUUUUUUCCACUGUCUGCAUUCGGUAGUGGACCCUACCUAUUUUUUAUUUUUCAAUAUUUUUAGUUAAACAUUCGGAAACGUCUCUUUGAAGAGUCGUGCAGCGAUGCGCUAAGAGGACGAUGGAGACCGCGGACUGCCCCGCCGAGGGUGACCCCCUGAAGGGAGGCGAGACUGGGCCGGCGCCGCCGGAGACAGAACUGAAGAGAGGCUGCAAGGAAGUCCUGGGACUCUCCAAACUGACCCACUGGCGGACGGCCGUCUUCUUCCUGUCCUUGUUCCUCUGCCUGACCGUGGUCUUCGCCUUCUCCUUCAUCAUCCCCUGCCCCGUCAGACCGCAGUACCUCGCUUCGUGGAACAGGACGUUCUCGGGAGCAGAAACGUACGACUUUUUAGCAUUUGAAGAUGCGAGUAAAGACAAGGUGAUGGACGUCCUGCUUGUGGUCAAGGAUACAGAAGCCCGACUGAACAAUACGUGCGGGAACGCAGGUCUGCCGUCGCCAUGUCUGUUCAUGCUGGCCGUGGACGGCACGGACGGAGAAAUCCUGUGGGAGCGUCCGCUGGACCCCGACUUCCACUGGGCCCAGUGUGGCCUGGGCACGGACACGGGGCAGAAAUGGGACUGCCUGCUCUCCCAUUCGGACCGACUCUCAGCUCUAGACAAAUCCACCGGUGAGGUCAGGUGGCAGCAGCUUCAGGCUCCUGGACCGCGCAGCAGCUUGCCCGUCCUCGGCGUCCCGGACCUGGAUGGGGACAAGGUCAGCGACGUGGCCUUGGUGGCGUCCGACGGCGUGCGGACUCAUCUGGUGUUCCUCUCGGGGCUGACGGGCGUCCAGAUUGGAUCCACGGUGGCCCUGAACACCACGCAAACGUCCGGUCAUCUUCUCCACACGACCGGGGAGGGCGCCCAGUACCUGCUGCUGCAAAAAGACACCGGCUUGUGCGGACUGGCCCUGUGGCGGAUUGCAGCCGGAGCCAAAGAAGGCCUGGAGGCGGGCCUCAAGAGGCCGAAACAAGCCGCGGCGGCCGCGUCCGGAAUGGUGGCGGUUUACGAGUCCGACUCGCUGAGGCGCGUGCUGAGAACCGACGACGGGGAUCAGUCGUCCAACUUGAUGCUGGUGACCGGCAGCGAGGUGGUUUUGAUGGACGGGAAGACGUUACAGCCCCUGUGGACGUUCAAUACCACCACAGUCCUCAGGGAGCCCGCCUUUGGUCACUUCAACAAAGAUGGCGUGCUCGACGUCGUUCUUGAGGAGGACAUGGACAACGCCACCAGGAGGGUCUCGAUUCUGGACGGGAAGUCCGGCGCCGCGCUGUGGAAAGUGGACCUCCUGCCCGGCGCCGACGCGCCCCGGCCCACCUCCGUGCGCACCACCAACUCCAUCUCCAUUUUUGUGUUCUGGGGGCUGCUCCCCCAGGGGCGAAACUCCUCUGUUCCGUCUGCGGGUGAACGGCGUUCGUACAUGCUGCAUCCGCUCUACUCCGACGUGGUCCUCCAGUCUGAAAACGUCAUGGACCACAUCGUGACGUUUAGAGCCACGUUGAUGGAGCGCGGACGCCACGCCGCCUUCAUCCUGCUGACGGGCCCGGCCGCCGGCGGCGCGGAAGGCGCCGUGGUCCUCAGCAAGCGGAAGCUGAAGCACGACGUGCCGCAGAGCACGGUGUGCCCCGUCGACGGCGACCGCGGCUGCGGAGAGGCACCCGAGGCGGAAGACGACAUCAGGGAGGCCUUCAGCAGGCUGCGCUUCAGCGAUCACUGAAAGCGACGCUUUCGCCACUUCCUGGCGCUUUUCCGUUCAUUCCCACCGCGUCGAGCGUUUUGAGUUCAGGCCGCUCGUUGUUUCGUAGAGAAAAAUGUCGUUGGUUUGAAAGCGUGAUCGCGUCAGGCGAUUUUAGAACGUUAUCAU